UUGCUUCUGUUCAACCCGUACCAUAGAGGCGAUGGAACUUUCGGGUCCUCUUCUAGAAAGGCCGGAUGGGUGUUCGUCUUCUGUUGCAUGAUUUCAAAAGCUGAUUAUAAAGUUACUUUGUUUAAGAUCGUAUAUUCUCUUGCAUCAAGAUUGAAUGCAGCAUUAUGGAGGACGAUUUAGUUUGCGAGUAUGAUUCCACUUGGGACACGGAAAGCGAUGGAGACGACUUGGGAGAGAACAUAACGCGGCGUUCAAGCCAGGACAAAACUCAGAAAUCCUGGGGAUUUUGGUCGAAUACAUCUUCAAGAAACCUACGUGCUGCAAGAGACAUGCAAAACUAUAGGCAUGGAUAUCCAAAUAUAAAUGAAGAAGAGUGCCCUGAGGAGCGAAUGACCAAUUUGAAAUUUUAUCUGAAUGAAAUUGCUUCUUCCCCUGAUGAUGUCUCAAUUGAGGUAUUUCAUAAAGAAUGGAAGACUGAUUAUAAAAGAUUAGAAAGAGUCCAUUCCUACAUUCAGUGGUUGUUUCCUCUGCGAGAACCAGGGGUGAAUUACAUGGCCAGUGAACUUACAAAGAAGGAAAUCCAGGUGUUUCGUGAAAAUGAUGAGGCAAAACAGAGGCUGGUGGAAUCCUAUGAGCUCAUGCUGGGCUUCUAUGGCAUUCAGUUACUCAACAAAGAGACAGGAGAGGUCAAACGUGCUGAAAACUGGAGGGAGCGAUUCGCAAACCUUGAACGAAACAUGCACAAUAACCUACGUAUCACUCGUAUUCUGAAGAGCAUGGGGGAGCUGGGGUUUGAGCAUUAUCAGGCCCCACUGGUUCGCUUCUUUUUGGAAGAGACACUGGUCCGCAAAAACCUAAGCAGUGUUAAGCGAAGUGUGCUGGACUACUUCCUGUUUGCCGUGAGGGACAAGAGAGAGCGGAGAAAACUGCUCAAGUUUGCUUAUCAGAAUUAUGAACCCAAAGACAAGUUUGUGUGGUGUCCUAGAAAGAUCCAGAAGCGCCUCAGGAAGAAAUCUGAGAAGAAGGCGGAAUCAGCUGGCAAUGGAGAGAGCGGAGUCCCAGAGGAAGGUCGUCUGAAGAACAAGGCGAAGGACAGCGAGGCAGGAAGUGCUCCAAAGGAGAAUAAGUCCACUGAUGACAGCGCUGAAAUGCAAACACUGACUGAAGUUGACUCACAAAUACCACUUCUUGAGUCGUCGGUUGAUCGUGAUUCAGUGGGGUCCACUGUUGAUCCUGAGGCCUUGGGUAAUGGGGAGACGGAUGACUCCGGCAUCUCUGAACCCGUCCCGGCGAAAACUGAGGCAGAACCUGAUGAUCAACUCAAAGAAGGCAGUCAGACUGAGGAUAGUACCCAGUGCCAACAGAAAUUAGCCAAUGGCAAACAAUCUGAGGAAGCAAUGGUCUGCUCUGAGAAACCAGCCAAGAAGAAACGGGAAGAAGUUACUUUGAAGCCUUGCUGUGGCUCGCUUGAGGGGCUUCCCAAUGGCCAAGGUCAUGCUACCGCAGUUGCCACUGCUGGCAGCCCAGAUUCCAGUGAUCAUAAGCAGUGUGACAGCCCAAAAAAUGCAGCCACAGAAGGAGCUGAGAAGAUUUCAUCUACUGCUGGAGAAAGGCCAUCAGAAAAACAACCCAGGACUGACCCGUCCAGUACAGGUAAAAACACAGAAAAUGUAAGAACUGAAGACACGACUGGGAAAGAUGAAAGUAAAGAUUCAGAUGUGUCAGUACAGAGCCAUGUUGUAAUAAACCUGGAAAAUCAGGAGAUGUCUGCAGGAGCCGGCACAAAUGGAAUUAAUUUAAAAAACAAUGAAGAGCCAAUGGACAUUGAAUCAGCCAACAGUAUAGAGGCAGCUAUGGAUCAGUCAUGAAUAGUCAGCAGCAUUACAGGAAGGCGCCUAAGAAUUACUAUUAAGGGAAUCUGAGGACUACAAAUUAAAGAAUAUUUCAAGUCUUACUGAACGUAACAGCUUGGUCUUUCUAAUAACACACCUUUUCCUGGAGCCCUUCCAUGGACAAUGUGUACUUCCUGUGAUUGGAAUUUAGUCCUGUGAAGGUAUAUGAAGUCAUUUGUUGAGUUUUUGUCUUUCGAGGAGAUUGUUGCACUCAUUCUAGACCAGAGGUGGGCAACGAGGGUUAUAUCUGUUGCUGGUUUUCAUGUCGACUUCUGGCCUUAAUUAUUUAUUAGCCCUAGAAUUUACACCACCUGACAUUUUAGCUACAUUUCUCGAUCAGCCCAUGAAUGAGAGUGGAUGUUGUGUCUCUAUAUAAAACAUUUACUGUGAUCUAAUCUAUGAGGGGACCAGUGUUGGUCUAUACUGGCCAGGAUAAUUGAUGAAAACCUGCAUACACACUAACCUAGAAUUUCCCACCCCUUUUCUAGACCAUCCUUGUGAUCAAUCCCAAAACAGUAUUCUGUUUGAGUAUUUUAAGUUCAGAUUAAUUCUAAGAGCAACUGUGUUAAUGAGAUGCAUUUUAUUGGGGACAUAUAAAUUGUCUAUCAUUUUUGCACAUUAUGUAGACUGGACAUGUUUAUGUAAUACAAAUAUCUCAGUGGAGGCUUGUGAGCUUGAAGUGGAGGAGACUAAAAACACUUCUUUUGACUUUAUUUUUUAAUUUAUUUUUUUCCUCCCUCCCCAACAUGGAAUCGCCAAUUGUGCCUCUUGAGUCACUGCUGUACCACUGGCACCCAUGCAAGGAGCCCGGCAGCAUGUGGACCCCAGUGUACUGACCUAUGAGCCAGUGACUACUUUCUACACAGUAGGCCACACAGUGCUAUACAAGAGAUAGCACAGGUAUCAUACUGAUGACAGUUUGUCUGUAGGCACCUGACUAAUGGUCAGUGGGAGGAGCCAAUGUUUUGGUAACCCAAGGAAGCCUGGCCGACCUAACCCCGCAUUGCAUUGUUGGGGGUAUAGUCAAUUUUGUCUGGCUGCUAAAGACUGCUGGUCAUGGCUAUCUAAUCACGUGGCUAUGCCUUGAAACUGCAAUGUCGAGGUAUAGACCCUAGCCUGCAUUGGCUGAGCCACUCGGGGAGUUUAUGAACCUGUUUAGAUUGGUUUUUAAUAAUCACUAGGCUAUGUUUUUAAUUAAAUAAGGAUUACCCAUUUCUCAUUUCCAUUGGAUUGUAUCUAAUGCAGUAGUAUUUAUGUACUUCACAAUAAAUAAUUUUAAAAAGAAGGAAAAAUAUUGGGUCAACUAGAUUAUUUUGGUAACUUGUGAAAAAAAUAUUUGGUCAACUAGAUUAUUUUGGUAACUUGUGAAUUUACAAAUAUUUUUGUUAUAAUUGCAGUUCAUGUAAAGGGCAUGAACAAUUUCAAAGGUGAAGGCAUUUGAGUAAAUGCAAUGUUUUGGGUGAUCCUUAUUUAAAUUGGCAUGUUUUCUAAUCUUGCAUAUACAAAACGCUUUUAAUGACUACGGUACUUUCAUUUUCAUUUUUAUUUGUAUUUUUUUUUUUUUUUUUUUUUUUAAGUCUUCCUUAUUAAAUGCUUACUGGUCUCCUGAAAUAUGUUGCAUUAUACAGUACUGUUUGUGCUUUUGACAGCAUUUUUAAUCCUCUCGUAACAAGCAAAUGAGGCUUUCGUCUACAUUAGAUGUUUUGAAUGCAGCUGUUUUGCACUGAAAUAAAAAUGAAAUUGGUGUAUGAAAAAUGACACUUGACAUGAACCGUGUCCUUGUGUUCAGAACUAAAGCACUGCACACCUUUGUCUUUGAACGGCACUAUGAACCAUGAUUGUACAUAAUUAUUUCUUCAAGCAAUGUUGAAUAAUUUGCAUUAUAUUUUGUUGACUAGUUGUGUAAAGCUCAAACUAUGGCCAAAUAAUAGAGACUGUUUGAUUGUAUUAAGAAAAGACAGUAGUGUGGGUAAAAUAUAAAACUAAGAAACCUUUUUUUGAUCUAUGACAUUUUGUAUUUGGGGACGGAGUUGGGAGGAUGAGUGCGAUUAUAAUUUUUAUUUAUUGGUUUUCCAACUCUCAUUUUGUUCACCUGUUAUAUUUUCAGUUGAUUGCAACCUUCAGCAUGUUUAUUAGUUAUUAAAUAAGUUUAUCCAAAUGUUAUCACCCUGACAUUUCUUUUAGUAUAAAUCUCAGGAAGAAACGGAUAAGUUUAAAUUCCAUACUCCUUUAAUGAUGUUUUAUUUCAAUAUUUAUUUUUCCUUUACUGUACAGUAUAUUAACCCCUUCCCACUUGAUAGUCAGUAGGAUUACCGCCUGGUUUGCAACAGUCAAUUUUAUUGCAUUCCUUAACUAUACGUUUUCAUGUUGUUUGUUAACAAUAAAAAUUGUGACGGCA